AUGACGUGUAAAUGCGGUGAGUUGUCUGCUGAUCUUGAGGGCGUCAAGUUAGAGCAAGUAAUAUCUCAAAAUGAUAUUAAGGUCAAUAACCAUAAUGUGGGAAUGCUUAAUGAUGUAGUAAGCAACUUAAAGAAAGAGGUCUAUGCUAUGCGGGAAAAGUUAGAUAAACAUGUAGAUAGCCAG